GUCAUCGUAAUUCCUCGUAUAUCUUUUUUAUUGUUUUCUCUCUUUAGCUCCAUUUCACGUUUGCGCUGUCUCGCUGCACUCUCUAUUCUCCAUUGAAGCGUACUCUGAAUUUCUCCAUUGUUGCGGCUCGUGAGCUUUCUCUCCGCCAUUGAAGAAGCUUUCGAGGUUUUGGUUUAUAUAACUAUUUAAUGUCAGGGCGAAAAAGCCAUGAAAAUGGACCUUUUCUCCCUGGGCCUGCCCUUGAUCAGGGACGGGUCAGUGUGGGAGGUGAAGUAGGGGGCGAGGAAGGUGAGGAGGAGGAAGAAGAGGUGGGAGGCGAGGAAGCUAAGAAGGAAUUCCAGGUGUUGGGAGGUGAAGGAGUCGAGGAAGUCGAGAAGGCGGAGGAGGUUAUGGGAGAACAAGAGGGAGGUAAAGCUGAGAAGGCGGAAGAGAUCAUGGGUGAACAAGUGGGAGGGGAGGAAGUUGAGAAGGCGGACGUGGUCAUGGGUGAACAAGAGGGAGGUGAGGAAGUUGAGAAUGUGGAAGAGGUCAUGGGUGAACAAGAGGGAGGUGAGGAAGUUGAGAAGGCGGAAGAAGUUGUGGGGGAACAAGAGGUAGGUGUGGAAGCUGAGAAUGCGGAAGAGGUCAUGGGUGAACAAGAGGGAGGUGUGGAAGCUGAGAAUGUAGAAGAGGUCAUGGGUGAACAAGAGGGAGGUGUGGAAGCUCAGAAGGCGGAAGAGUUUAUGGGGAAACAAGAGGGAGGUGAGGAAGCUGAGAAGCUGGAAGAGGUUGCGGGAGAUAAAGGAUGUAUGGAAGUUGAUAAGGUGGAAGUAUCUAUGGGAGUAAAAGGAGGUGAGGUAGCUGACAAGCUGGAAGAGUUUGAGGGAGAAAAAGGAGUUGAGAGAGCUGACAAGGGGGAAGAGGUUGGAGGAGAAAAAGGAGGUGAUGAAGCCGAUAAGGUGGAUGAGUUUGGGGGAGAAAAAGGAGGUGAGGAAGCUGACAAGGUGGAUGAGUUUGUUGGAGAAGUAGUGGGUGAGGAAGCUACAAAGUUGAAAGAGGAUGUAAGAAAAGAAGGGGGUGAGGUAGAUAACAAGAUGAAAGAAGAUGUGAAAGAAGAAGAGGGUGAGGAAGCUAACAAGGUGGGAGAAGAUGUGAGAGAAGGAGGUGAGGAGGCAUCGGCGGUUGUUGAAGAAGGAGGUGAGGAAGCUAACAAGGUGGAAGAAGAUGUGAGAGGAGGUGAGGAGGCCUUGGUGGUUGUGGGAGAAGGAGGAGGUGAGGAAGCUAACAAAGUGGAAGAGGGUGAGGAAGCUAACAAGGUGGAAGAGGAUGUGAGAGAAGGGGGUGAGGAGGUAAUGGCGGUUAUGGGAGAAGAAGGUGACGAAGCUGACAAGGUGGAAGUAGAUGUGAAAGAAGGAGGAGGUGAGGAGGCAUCACAGGUAGUGGGAGAAGGAGGUGAGGAGACUGACAAAACGGAAGAAGAUGCUAGAGAAGGAAGCGGGGAAAUGGAGGAUUCGCCGUUUAUGGCAAAAGGAGUGGAGGAAGCUGACAAAACGGAAGAGGAUGUGAGAGAAGGUGGGGAAAUAGAGGAUUCAUCAGUUGUGGCAGAAGACGAGGAACUAAUGAAAGGAGAAGAGACGCCAAUUGCUGAUGCAGAAAUGGAAGUGGAGAAGCCUGGUAGUGGCAGUGGUAGUGGUGGGAAGCGGAGACGUGGACGGAAUUCUAAGGCAACCACUCCAACGAAGGCUCCAGUGAGGAAGACUGUGGGUGAAGAUGUUUGCUUUGUAUGUCUUGAUGGAGGGGAUCUUGUGCUAUGUGACCGGAGGGGCUGCCCCAAGGCAUAUCAUCCUUCCUGCGUGGAUCAUGAUGAGGAGUUUUUCCAAUCAAAGGGUAAAUGGAAUUGCGGCUGGCAUCUCUGCAAUCAAUGUGGGAAGAAUGCCUACUUUUUGUGUUAUACCUGUACAUUUUCAUUGUGCAAAGGAUGCAGUAAAGAUGCUGCUAUAUUUUGUGUUAGAGGAACCAAAGGCUUUUGUGAAUCCUGCAUGAAAGCUGUAACGAUGAUUGAAAAUAGUGAACAAAACACGAUGAGUCAUGCUGCUUUCGAUGACAAGAGUAGCUGGGAAUAUCUCUUCAAAGAUUACUGGAUUGAACAAAAAGGGAAACUGGGUAUUACAUCUGAUGAGCUAGCAAAAGCAAAAAAUCCAUGGAAGAAUUCUGAUGCAACUAAUAGACGACGAACACCAGCUGAACUACUUGAGGGUAGUAAUGAUGUGGGAACUGAUUCUGACAGCUCUCCUCCAAACGUAGAAGUGACUGAUUUAAGAAGGAAGAGGGCCAAGAGAAAGUCAAAGCCAGAAGAUUCUGGUACAGACAGCUCUUCUGAGAAGGAAACAGGCACGGUGAAAAGAAAAUCUAAAAGGAGGUUAAAAUCCCAGGCUAAGGAGACAUAUUCAGAUUCAGAACAUUCUUCAGGAAACCAGGGUUCAAAGAGGGGGAGCAGGGCCAGAAGGCUGGCUAAGUCCCGUUCAAAGGGCGGUGGUUCUGCUACUGCAGAAGGCAAUAUUGAGUGGGCAUCAAAGGAGCUAUUGGAGUUUGUGAUGCACAUGAAAAAUGGUGAUAGCUCUGUUCUUACUCAGUUUGAUGUGCAGGGACUCUUGCUAGAAUAUAUUAAAAUAAAUAAACUUCGUGAUCCACGUCGACAAAGCCAAAUACUUUGUGAUUCAAUGCUUCAAAAGCUAUUUGGAAAAGCACGAGUUGGUCACUUUGAAAUGUUAAAGCUGCUUGAAUCACACUUUUUUCUGAAAGAGGAUGCUCGUGCAGAUGAUAAUCAUGAAAGUGUUAUUGAUACUGAAGUCAGUCACUAUGAUGUUGAUGAUCAUACUGAUCCUUUAUGGGGUUCAGGCAAAAGUAAGGGGAAAAAAUCUCGUAAAAGAGGUGAAGAGAGGGGGCAGUCCAACCUCGAUGAUUAUGCUGCCAUAGAUAUGCAUAAUAUUAACUUAAUUUACUUGCGCCGGAGCGUAAUGGAGCCUCUCAUGGAUGAUCCUGUAACGUUCCAUGACAAGAUUGUCGGUUCUUUUGUCAGAAUAAGAAUAUCUGGUAGCAGCCAAAAGCAGGACAUUUACAGGCUUGUGCAAAUCAUUGGUACAAACAAGGCACCUGAAUCGUACAAAGUCGGUAAAAGGACAACUGAUGUUAUGCUUGAGAUCUUGAAUUUGGACAAGACAGAGAUUGUACCAAUAGAUACUAUAUCCAAUCAGGAAUUUACAGAGGAUGAAUGCAAGAGAUUGCGCCAGAGUAUAAAAUGUGGACUUAUCAGCAGGAUGACAGUGGGUGAUAUUCUGGAAAAGGCGAGGGAACUGCAGGAAGUCAGAGUGACUGAUUGGCUGGAAGCUGAGGUAGUCAGGCUUAGUCAUCUUCGUGAUCGAGCUAGUGAAACUGGACGUAAGAAAGAGCUCAGAGAAUGUGUGGAGAAAUUGCAGCUUCUGAAGACUCCAGAAGAACGCCAACGAAGGUUGAAUGAAGUUCCAGAAGUUCAUGCAGAUCCAAAAAUGGAUCCUAGCUGUGAGUCUGAUGAUGAAAUUGAACAUGAUAAAAGACAAGCAAGUAACAUGAGACCAAGAGAAAGUGGUCAUUUCAGAAGGGGUAGAGAUCAUUAUUCAUCACGGAGUGCAAAUGCAAGACCUCCGAACAAGAGUUGGGAACCAGGCAGAAAUUUGUCCAGUAAGGGUUUCUCAAACAGAAGGGACGAUACUACUCUUUCCCCACAGAGAAGUGAGCAUACUUGGAAUAAUGGGGUAGACAAGGGUACACCUAAGUCAAAUAGUUGGGAGAAACCAAGGAGUAUUCCGGAUUCGUUGAUGAGCAAUCGGGCUGAACAUUCUGGGAUACGAUCAGAUUUAUCUGUGGCGGCUGCAUCAGAACCUACUCUGCCUUUAUCUUCUGCAGCAGUUCAAACUGAUGGACAAAUUGACGAGAAAGAAAAAAUGUGGCAUUAUAGAGAUCCAACUGGAAAGGUCCAGGGACCAUUCUCUAUGACACAGCUUCGUAAAUGGAGUAGCACAGGAUACUUUCCUGCUGAACUAAGAAUUUGGAGAGCCUCUCUAACUGAAGAUGAUUCUAUUCUUCUAACUGAAGCAUUAGCUGGAAAGUUUCAGAAGGAUCCCCACCCCGUAGGAUCAAAUUUAGAUGUUAGCUCAAAUAUUAGGAAUACACUGCCUAUAACGGAUGCUUCCAAACUCUCUGGUAGCAGAUAUGAUUCCUCUAACCUCCCAUCUCCAACUCCUGGACGAAGCCCAGCUGCCUGGAGUGGAAUGCAAACUUCUAGUUCUUUUCAGUCAACUAAUCAAUUUCGAGGGAACGAACGAUUACCUUCUCCUACCCCCACAUCACCUGCUUCAAAUCCAAGCGGUGUGGAUAAGGCCAAAUUUUCUCAACAAUCUAAGGGCGAAGUAGCUGGGAACAAGCCAGAAAAUGUGGCAGCACCUAUGGGAACAGUUCAACAUGCUCCUGUUCAGUUUGUCUCCAAUACAGGUAUGGUAAAUGCCCAACAAAUGUCAUCACAAGCAGGUUUACAUGCAGCAGCAAAUCAACCAUUUGUCCCUUCUGAUACCACAAUGAACCAAACGAAAGUGGGACCCAAUGCUUUGGGUGCUGGUCAGGGCUUCUCCAACAUUGUUCAACCAGGCACUGGACAAAAUCCUCCUGUCUAUACUCACAAUUGGGGAGCUGGUUAUGUUGCAAGACCAGAAAUGGUGAAUGCAAAUGUGUCGACAUCCAAUAAUCAAAAUGCUUUGCCCGCACAAGUCUCUUAUAGUCAGUGGACUGGUGCUGCUGUAAAUAACCAGCCUCCACCUUAUGCUGCUGGAUACCCUCCAGGACAAGGGAUUAUUGCCGCAAACUUUCCUGCUAUGCCUGCGAACAAUGCUUGGAGACCUACUCAGGCCAACAUGCCAUGGGGCGCACAACAGCAACAGCCAGUAAACCAAAAUGUAGGAUGGUCUGGGCAACCAGCUGUUGCUAUGGGCCAACAAUUGACUAGCCCUUCACCAGGAGCACCAGCUAUGGUUGCUGCGCAGCCAACUGUGGGUUGGACGGGUACAGGACCCAAUCCCUCUGCUGGAAACAGUAACAUGGUUUGGGUUGCUGCACCUGGGAACACAGGUGCAUGGGGAGGUGAUCAGAACCGCAAUGAUGGAGGGGCUCGUGAUAACCGCAAUGACGGAGGGACUCAAUGGAACAGGCAGUCAUCAUUUGGCAGUGGAGGACAAAGAGGAGUCUGCAGAUUCCAUGAAAACGGCCAUUGCAGGAAGGGUUCGUCAUGUGAUUUUAUGCACUCUUGAAUUUUCACAACAGUAGUAGAUACUAGAUAGUAUCUUCUCAUGUACAGUAAUUUUCGUCCUUGGAGGAGGGGUAGCAGUUCAUUAAUUUUAUAGAUACUUGUAUGUCACAUGCUUAAAUAAUUGUUAUCAGUAGCACCCCUAAUUUUCCUCCCUUUUGGUAUUGUCAGUUCUCUGACCAGUGUAAUAGUGGAUUUUGUAGGGAGACUUACAGUUAGCAGUUGUUAAAAAAAAAAAAAAAAAAUGGUUGCUGGGUAUUAAAUUUUUUUCAGAUUUGGUUAAUGCAAGCUAUUGGGUAGAUGUUAAAAGCUUAAAAUACCAGUCAACAUAAAAGUGUUGUCGUCAAUGAACGACGUUUCAUAAUUUCCUACCUUUUCUCAUCUACUUCCUUCGUGCCUCUAAGAUUGCCCUAAUUUUUUUUAUUUCUCUUUUGGUUUACCUCUUACCGUAAUCAAUUAUGAUAUAACACAA